UUAGGCAGACGAUGGCGACUUGUCAACAAACAAUGUGAACGAUUCUGGUAAUGAAAAGCAAUACUCUUUCGACAUUUGGACAUGGAAACUGUCCAAAAUCGUGGAAAAACGCAAGGAUGCUAGAGGCCAGAUGUUGAUGAAAGAAGCGAAGGCUGCAUCAAUAUGGGACUGGCACCACAGUUAAAGUGUAAAUGGUUGGAACAUCUCAACUCCAGUUGGGUAAAUGAAGAUUGUGAGAGCCUUUCAAGGCAGGACACACUGUUGUUGUUGUACAACAAGUUAUUAACAUCCAAGGAGCUGAUUCACAUCCUGCAGCAAACCUUGCACUUGAAGAGCCCACUUUUACCCGACUUUGAGAGAGAACCAGCCACACCAGAAGAACAGCAGCAAUACUUGAAUAAGUUACUACAAAGUCAGAAGUCACUAGCUCAUUUUGUAUGCUCUAACACCCCUUUUACCCUCAGUUUGCAACAGCGUUUAAUUGUACUGCAGAGAAUUUAUCAUGCAGUUUCAAGUAAAUAUCAUGAUCUGUCCAAACCUGGAGUUGUUACAGUGUCAAAAGCUGAGCACCAGAAACAUGUAGAUGAAGGAAAGCAUCUGGUUUCUAAGCCACACUCGGGAACAGAUGCUCUGAUAGAAAUGGGCGUAAGAACUGGACUCCGGCUGAUGUUUUCUCUAUUGAAACAGAACUGGGUGAUUGCAGAUAAAAUAGGAGAGCCGUCAUUGUGUAAUGAUGUACUCCAAACUGCAUUAGGGGUUGUUAGUAACCUCCCAGCCUUGUCCUUAGCGAAUGAGUCGAAGCUGCCUUCCUUGGGGUUACAUUCACUGUCUGAGGUGACUAAGUUUCUGAUGAGUGUUACUGGACCCAACUCCAGUGCAGAUGCUACUGGCAGACAGCUGGCAGCAGAACUGAUGUUGGCUUUAGCUGCUCAAAGGGGAUCCUUGAGGUAUUUACUGGAAUGGAUAGAAGUGGCGCUUUGUUCUUCAAGCAGUAAGCCAAACCAGACAAGUCCUGUAGCUGAGGAUGAAAAACCUCAGCAGAUCUCCCAGGAGUUUUUUAUGGAGAUUUUGACACAAAUGAAAGGCUCUAUGGGAAGUUCAAGUCGCCACAGUUUAGAGCAGCGCUGCUCACAUUCUGAUGGACAGACAUCAACAUAUGAAGUUGCUCUUUUACUACUAGAGGAGGUGUAUCAGAUGGCAGCUGAGUAUGCCAGCACCUGUAUGAGUCCAGAUGAGAAUAAGAACAGUUGUACUGUCAAUAGUAACAGAUAUAAGCCUGUACUGUCCACCGGUGUGUGUGAUGUGUAUGUGUGGGGAAGUAACAGCAGUCAUCAGUUAGCGGAGGGCAAUCAGGAAAAAAUACUCUCCCCCAAACUCGGCUCAUCUUUUGCUGAUGUUCAACAGAUAGAGAGCGGUCAAUACUGUACAUUUGUGACACACUCGGAUGGUACUGUCAGCGCCUGUGGGAAGGGUAGCUACGGCAGGCUGGGCCUUGGUGACUCAAACAACCAAACUCGACCUAUGAAAGUUACCUUUGACCCCCAGAGGUCAAUCAGAAAGGUCUCAUCUUCCAAGGGGUCAGAUGGUCACACUCUAGCGCUGACAACAGAUGGGGAAGUAUUCAGCUGGGGAGAUGGCGAUUAUGGAAAACUUGGCCACGGAAACAGCUCCACUCAGAAGUACCCCAAAUUGGUUCAAGGCUCAUUGGCUGGCAAGGCGAUCCGUUGCAUCUCAGCUGGCUACAGACAUAGCGCCGCAGUGACGGAUGAUGGAGAGCUGUUUACUUGGGGGGAAGGGGAUUACGGAAGACUGGGUCAUGGGGAUAGUAACAGUAAAACCAUGCCCACCCAGGUGAAGCAAAUUAACAGUGUGGGACAGGUGGCAUGCGGCAGCUCCCAUACAUUAGCUGUCUCACAGGAUGGCAAAACCACCUGGUCAUUUGGAGGCGGUGACAGUGGAAAACUUGGCCAUGGAGACACAAGUAGAUUGUAUAAACCUAAAGUCAUAGACUUCUUUGUGGGUCAUUAUGUGAGGAAGGUAGCAUGUGGCAGUCAAACAUCACUGGCUCUCACUUCUACAGGACAGUUAUUUGCGUGGGGCUGUGGCUCCUGUCUGGGGUGUGGCUCAGCAGAGUUCACGGCUCUACAGCCUCGUCUAGUGGAGGAUUUACAGACAAUGAGAGUGGUGGAUGUCUCUCAUGGAGACAGCCAUUGCUUGGCGCUGACACAUGACAAUGAGGUGUACGCCUGGGGUAACAAUGCGAUGGGACAAUGUGGUCAGGGUCAUGUGCUGAGCCCUGUAAUCCGGCCUCUUAAGGUCACAGGGUUAGCCGGAGUGAACAUCAAUCAGAUCUCAGCGGGAACAUCCCACAGUAUAGCAUGGACAGCUCUACCCACAGACAGACAUGUUGUUGCAUGGCAUCGGCCAUUUUGCGUUGAUUUACAAGAAGCCACCUUCUCUCUUUUGAGAUCCUUUCUGGAAAGAUACUGUGAAAGUUUUGAAGGUCAUCCUCCUGCGCCAUUUACAUCAUCCGAGGAUCACCAUAAGUUUGUAUUACUUUGCCUAAAGCUGUUGUGUACCCACCUAUCACUAGCCAUGGCAGGAGGCGUCGCCAGCAGUAUCCUAGGUAACCAGGCCAGACCACUCAGAAACUUGCUAUUUCGUCUGAUGGACACUACCAUGCCACAGGAAGUGCAACAGGCUGUGUCUGAGGCCCUGUCAAUAGGGGCGCCUCUCUUGUUGCCACCACUGAGAGAGAGGAUGGAACUGCUACACUCUCUGUUACCUCAGGGCCCAGGAAAGUGGACAAGUCUCACUAAGGGACAGAGGACUCAGCUUGGUAUUAUACUGACAAGCCUGCAUGAUAACCAGCACAUAGCCUCCCUGCUGGGGUUUGGCUGUCCCCAGGACGUGACAGAGCUUAGACAAGAGCACCCCCCACAGCUGGAUGUCCACCUGGCCCAGGUUCUCAUGAAGACGAUUCUGAAAAACCUCGUCUUCAAUACGGAGGAAGCUCUAAGUGAAAUAGAGAAAAAUGAGUGUCUACAGGUGAUGUCUUUUGAAGAUGGAGACUUACCAUUGCAGCUUCAUCAACUUCUAUCAUCCCUCCAUAAGCACUUGUUGGCUUACCUCUUUGUCAACACUAAUGAACAGCUUCCUUGUGUCAUGUCACUAUUACAUCAGCACCUAGCCCUGAUGAUGCCUCAGUGUGGAGAGAUACUAGCGCACUUUCACACCUUGCUGGUCGCUGCCAGUGGUAAUGUGACUUUACAGAACAAACUUAGAGACAUACUGUUCAACUCUCCAGCGGGUGCCAUGCUGGUUCACAUUGUGAGCGCUCUGCUGCUCUUACCAGUGCACAUGUGCACACCUGUGUUACCUGAGAUGUUAGGACUUCUGCCUCAGCUGGACAAGCUGAACCGCUGCCUGCCUGUUAUCAGAGAGCUGGAGGAGCAUGAACUUCACACUAGUCCUCAAGAACCUGGCUCAGAGAGUAACACAGAUUGUAGAGGAUGUCAGUCAGCAGAGAAGAAAUUACCUGAUCAUGUGAGACACUGGCUGUGGUUGGUGGAAUUAGAAAGAGCAGUUUCAUAUCUGAUUGGCCGAUGUUUAGGAGGAAAACUAGUCAGCUCAUCCUCUUCUCCUGCUGAAGUGAAAUGCUCCACCUGGCUUAGCAGGAUCCUCUUAAGUAAUGGGUUGGAGCUUACCUAUAAUGAAGUGGACAAACUAGGAGAUGAGUUUGUGCACAUGGUGAUGUCUGGUGAACGAGAGGAGCGUGUAUUCAAUGUCAACCCCCAAACUGGAGACCUGUCCGUGCUGGUAGAUCUGACCAGAGGAGACUGCACAGAACAAACUACCCACCUUCUACAGGCCUUUGAGGAGUAUGCCAGAAUUAAAGACUGGGAUGCUUUAGAAAUGCAGGAGAAAUCAGUGGUCAGUGCUGUGUGUAGGAUAUUUUUCGCCUGUUUACUCAAACAUUGUGGCCUACUCAAGCAUGCCCUUGAAGCCAACUGCCCCACUCAGAUCCUGGAAGUCAUCUACCAGCUUGUGAAUCAGUGCCGCAACAGGCUGACCAAUUGUAGAGGAUCAACUGUGCAAGGGGCAGACAACCUCAGCAAUCCAGAGCCCCAAAGGUUAGGGGGUGGGCUGGGCAGUGUUCGCAAACCUCCUCGUAGGAGAGUGUUUGAAGGGGAGGAGUGCCAGGAGGAAGGGACAACUGAGGACACCUUUGAUGAAGGGGCUGAACAUAUGCCAGAAAGGGAGAGAACCACAAGUACAGAAGCAGGCCUUUCAGAUGUGAGUGUUGGCAGUGAGGGUGUAGAUGAGGGGGAUGAGGACAUGUUCAGGGAGACAUGUAAAGCUUACCUGAGGCGGUGUGUCUUUCUUCUACUGGGCGUCAGACCUUGUCUCUCUGGAGCCAAUGAAGAGAGUAUGUUGGAGUACGCUGUAGACUGGAAAGAGGAUGUCAACAAUGCUCUGAGUCCAUCUGAAGAUUUGAGUUUUUCACAUGACAACGAGAAAACUGCGCUGGAGACCUUAGUGUGCCUGCUCUCCAUGUCCUACCAGAAGGUUGAUGAUGGGCAGGUGGUCAGAGCUAGAGAUCCUCCUGCCUCGGUCGCAGUCCACACCCUUCUCAAGACACUAGCUGUGGAUGUCCUGAGGUUUGUUUGCGGGGAGCGACAGACCUCUGGAUUAUUCCAUGAUAAAGUACACAAGCACAGCUGCACAGAUACCCAGAUAAUGUUUCUGGCCAUGAAAGAGAGACAGAAGAAAGCAGAUGAGCGUGUUCAUGCCCUGGACCAGAUAGUGGAGAUUCUAUCUUCUGAGCAGGAUAAAGCUUCACUCCAGCUUCAGGCUGAAGACACAACCCCAACUUCCCUGCCUAUCAUCAACUCUACCACACUGCUUAACUCUGUACAUAUCCAGUUUAUAGCAGGCUGCUUUGGCCUCAGUAUUCUCCAACCAUCGGGACCUGCUGCGCAACAACAGUGUUAUCAGGCUGGCCUGGAGUCUGCAAAGCACAGCAGUUUACACCAGGUGCAGAAGUCUACAAACAGGAUGGCUGAGCUGCUUGUUGUCUCAUUACAAAGCAGGGAGAAGACUGACUCUAUUGAUGAAGUUACCCAGCAGCGACUGUCCCUGAUGACAGUGUUUGCUCUGAGCAUGAGUUACCUCCCAUCUGACAUAUCACUGGUUGUUUCUCGUGGGCUGCUGGAAUUGCUCUUCAAACUCUGCGGAAAACCCAAAACUCUGUCCUUCUGGCAACAGCUUGUACUGACCGGUUCUGACCUGUCUCAGCUAAAUGUUAUCCUGGAGGUGGCCAGUCUACGUCUGCUGCAGAUCCUCACCAUGACAACAGGGAUAUAUGGAGAUCAGAUGGAUGAAGAGGUUGUGAGUGCUCUUGUGGAUGUCAUGUGGAGACUUCUUCAUCAGUUACUCCAGGCGACCUCAGACGGAUGGACUCCAAACUCUGAUCUGUCUCUUCUUGACUACACUGGUAAGUCUGAAGGCCCCAUGCCUGGACAGUCGGUUGUUGGGGACGUACUUGUGUUUCUGGGCAGAAUGUCAUCCUCGAAAGCCGUCAAGAAAAUACUUGCGUCCCAGAAAUGGACAACUCUGUUACUAGAUAUCAACAGCAAGACAACACAAGAUGGUGUUCCUGUUGUGUCUAGCCUGAGGACCAGACUGAUAGCUCUGUUCUUGCUGGAGACCGUACUACCUGUGUGUGCCAGGGCGGGUGAAGAAGAUCAUAUCAAACAGAUCAGCUGGUCACUGUUCCACAACAUCUCAUCUAACAUGUGGGAUGUGUCACUAGCGAUGGCCCGACAGUCUGGCCAGGCCCGGAAGUCAAGACUUCAGAGGAGGCUGGAAGAGCUGCUUUCUGAGGGCAAUCUAGUCAGGGAUGGCUAUGAGCUGUCGUCCCCUGUAGACAUGGUCAAGAUGCAAGGGGCGGGCUUUGACCUGGACAAGUCUGUGGGUUGUAAUGUGGAGGCAGGUCACACCCUGGUUCAUGGGGCAGGGGACCAGGGUGGUCGAGGAUAUGGGCUCGGCACCUUUCCGAUCACAUCAGGAUGUUACCAGUGGAAGUUUGUGAUUGUGAAGGAGAAUCCAGGUAAUGAGGGGACAUGUGUGGGUGUGUCCAGGUGGCCAAUAACUAACUACAGUCACCGUACCACAACAGACAUGUGGUUGUACAGGGCCUACAGUGGGAACCUGUACCACAAUGGGGAGCAGACCUUGACCCUACCCAGCUACACCCAGGGGGACUCCAUCACAAUCAUACUGGACAUGGAUGCCAGGACACUGUCGUUGGCCAAGAACACAGAGGAUCCUGUGAUAGCAUUUGAAGACAUAGACUGUUGUGAAUUGUAUCCCUGUGUGAUGUUCUACAGCAGUAAUCCAGGAGAAAAGGUCAGGAUCACAGACAUGCAGGUGAGCGGUUCCCCACGGAACCUGUUGCCUGGGGAUCCUCUCUGUUGUACAGCCACUGCCUCCAUGGUCCAGGCCCACAUCAGCCUCAUAAGAAACCUGCACAAAGAUCCUUUGUGGACCGAGAACAUCAACGAGGAAAUACUGAACAGGCUGGGAAAGCUGAAAGAUCUCAACAGCACAUUGUCAUCUGAAAACCCCUCUGAAGAAAUUGGCAUAAGAAGAGUGAUGACAACGAUUAGUCACCCUGCUGUGGUCAUGGACAGUGAAGACUCGGCGGGGGCCAAAUCUGCAACCACAAGUGACUCUCAGGAGCUGGAUCAAUUAGCUACAGAGGUGUGGCCAGCAUUGGUUGUUCUUGGAGGCCUGGACCAUGGACUGUGUGUUGGAGGCAGGUGUAUACAACAAAGUACCAGUCGUAAGGGCACUGUGCUGGGCGUGACCAAGCAGGGCGCGGUCACUGUCAAGGUGCAGUGGGAUGAUGGCGAUGGUUCUAUCAGUGAUGCAAAUAUUGCCAACCUGGAGGCUGUAGAUGUGGAACCAUUUGAUAUGUCGUGCUUUACGGGCUUCCCUCCAGGGCUGCUGGAUACCCUGCUGGAGCUUACAAUGAUCACAGAUGAAGAAAAGGCCAGCGCCCUCAAUGUGGAGCAGGAGGUGGCUGCCGAGAAGGAGCUGUGCGAGACCAAGGAGCCUGACAGCCCCAAGCACGCCCCCGGAACCACAGCCCUUUACGACAUGGAUGGUCUCAUGCAGCAGCUGGAUGCUGACAUUGAAAAGGUUCUCCAAGAGGAAAUCCAGAGUGAAGACCACAAUAUAGACCAGAGUGAGCAUCAUAAUGCUGACAAGAAGGCCAGCACACUAGUGGCAGACAAAGCAGCUCUGCCAGGUGACCUACAGAACUACAACCUCAGAGAUUCAACUUCAUCCACCAGAGGUUCAAAAUCCCAGCACAUGGGAGGAGAAGCAAUCUCCUCACAGUUAGGUAGCCAGCUGGAGGAUAUCUGUACCCAGGUGGAGGCUAAUGUGAGUGUGGUCGAGGAGCUCACAUCCGACCUUUUCUCUGCCUGUGCCGGGGCCAGCAGAAGAACAAGCAACAGUGUGCUGGGAGAUGAGACAGAGCUGGUCCCAGUCACAGUGGCACCACUACCAGAGAGCAGUGUGGAAGAGAUCACAGUGACAUGUGCUAUGACCAAUCAAAAACAGGCUUUUACAGACACAAGAGACUCGGAGAAAGCAUCAACCAGCAGAGAGACAAGUGCCGAGUCUGAGGAGAGACCUGGUCAGGAUCUGGACAGCAGGACAGCCUUGUCUGGUUGUGAGGAGCUGUCUUCUGUUAAGCGUGUUGCUAUCCAAGCCUCAGCCCUCAAAGCUCUUCAUACCAUCAUGUGCUCUGGUAAGUUCAUGGAGAUGCUGCUGAUCCCAAAGGUCUCGGUUAACAAGGAGAAGAGCAGUGCAAGUUCAAAACUGAGCCGUGCUUCCUCGAAGGACGGUUACGAUUCUGAAGAUUACAAAGGUAGACUGCAGAUGCUGAUGCAAUUGCUAGUGAAAAGGGCUGUGAUGUCUGCACCAAUACGUCGGUGUGUCUCCAUGGGAGAGCUGGAAAGAGCUCAGACUGUACUUCACAAAAGUGUCAUGGGGGCUGUUGCUGGAGCAGACCUGAACAUCUCAGAAACAGAAGCUGAGAUCAGUAAGGUGAUGAAGGCAAAGGGUUUAUCCCAGACUAAGGCAUCUGGCAGCAAGUCUGAGCACGAGCUACAGACAGGAGGGUCAUUGGCAUCUCAACCAGAGACCUGCCCUAUCCCACAGGCCCGAGGCCCGCAGCCCAAACCUAGCGGCACCCAACACACUAUAUUACAGUUCUUCAGACAUGUUAACCAACAGACUCAAGCCGCAAGUCGCUGUGAGCUUUCAAGAGGCAGCCCUCAGCCCUCACCCCCAACCUUAGGGAGGGAUGCCCCUCGGAACUCUCUCAGCAGUGAGAGCACUGAGAUGCCCGCCUCCAAGACCUCUCAGUCCGCACCUGUCACCCCCCACCAGCUGCAGGCAGACCUAACCCACCCAUCUCCACCCCCAAUCUCUGCACCACUCCUGGACAUGGGCUUCUCUCUCAACCAUAUACUUCAAGCCUUGACAGCCACAGGCAUAGCCUCGUCUGACGAUGUCUCAGCACACAACAUAAAUCUGCUGGCUACGUGGAUGUUGGAGCACACAGAGGAGCCUGAAGAGUUGGAUACAGGACUAGCCGGGGGAUUGGCCAGCCGACUCAGCAACCCUUUCCAGUCACAGCCAAUCACAGUGCAUGACUCUGACUCUUCAGGACUUGCAAGACAUGGAAGUGGCACUCAGUCUUCAGGGCCUGAAAACAUGGACCUUGGGACAGACAACUCUUCUGAUGAACCUGAAGAUGAAGCUAUACCCUCACGCUCCGGGCCACGCAGAUUGCGACAUAGACUGAACGUUGAUCUCAGGAUGAAUCUUGCCAGAGCAUUGGCAGGGGAUCGAGUAUUGCGAGAGUCUCGACCUGACUGGUCUGAGCUAAGGUCCCAGGAGCGGGGAGAGGCGCGGCCCAUGUACGAGGAGUAUUUGGACCUGGAUGAUGAGCCGUACCCUGAUGAUGGGUUGGAGGAGAGGUUUCCACCAGAGCAUCCAGAUAACUGGCAGUAUUCCUCCACACUUCUGGGCAAUAGUGGUUUAGAAGUUGACAGCUGUGUGACAUGUGAAUUAUGUCAGACCAGGACACAGAACUUUAACAAACACAUGAGGCGCCAUCAUCCAGGCUGUGGAGGUAGUGCAGGGUACUUUGGUUACCGUAGUAGUGGGCACUAUGUUGGUGGAUGGUUCGGAGGUUCAUGUGGCACUGGUCAUCCAUUUUACCUGCUGUGUCGUGACUGCCGUGAUCGCUACCUAUCCCAUGGUGCCACCCUGCAAGCGCCUAUGGACAACCAGCAUAGCAACCAGAGGACUGGAGUCUGGUACCCCGCUAAACCAAACUCUCAAGUAAAGAUAUCAGCUCCAGGCUCGGAGUCCUGUACAUUUCACCAGGCUCCAGACUUGCUUGGGGUGUCUGAAACAGGAUUAGGUGAUGUCGAUUUCUUGUCUGGUGACCACAACAAUGGGUUGUCCCUCUUGAAUGACUUCAGUCAGCUGAGUGUCCACCUGGGCCUAUCAGCCAGGAAACAGGUGCCUGAGGUGGUCAGGUUUCUGGAUUAUGACCCUCUGGGGGCAACUGUCUCCACGGCCGAUCACUCCCAGGAUAUGAUCACCUCCCUGAGUGCCACCGCAGAGAGUAAGAAGCCCGAGAAGAAGCAGAAAAGUUUAGGAGAACAGGCUCAGGUGCUGGUCGACCCCCAGGACAGAGCCUUAGCUCUCCGCCGCAGUAUCUCCACCAUGCAGAUCCUGGUGGCGCGCACUGUCGUACUUAAAGUCCUGUCUCUGCUCUCAGCCAGUUGCCAAAGCUGUAGUCUGUCCAAAGCCCUGGAGGCCAUAGGCCUAUCAGACAUUCGCUUGGUGGUACGUCUUAUGUGCCUGUGUUCAGCGGGUAAGAUAGAGCUGCCUUUUGUCCCGGGAGGGACAGGAGAUGGUGUCACAGAGAGUCUCACACAUCUGAGCACUGCCCUGGGGGCACUGGCCCAGGAGAAUGCCACGGCCUUGCGCAGACUUAUCCUGCUGUGUACACAGGAGCUAGUAACAUUUGCUGUGGGAGGACCAUUUAAGCCUAAGCUUCAUGGCCAGAAGAGAUCCAAGUCGAUAUUGUCCCAGCUGGACCCGGCUAGCUGCCCCACAUUUGCUGUCACUCAGGCUCUCGUCUCCCUCCUCGUCCGUAAGGGCUGGGGCAACAAACUCUCCACCCUGAACACUUUUAUCUCCUCUACAGAGUCUGAGAGCCCUGUAUCCUCACCGAUUUCCAAUGAUGAACUAAAGGUGGGCCCGUUACACCUGGCCAAUGCCUUGUCAGCCUGUGUCUUGUCCUGCCAGCUGCCCACUCAGCACCGACAGUGGGCCACUCACCAGCUAGUGUCCUCCCUGGCACUCUUGAGGACCAGCAGCACCGUGUGUCUGGACAACCUGGUGGACCUAUCAGGUGACAUGCCGGCCUGCCCAGAGUCCAAGCUGGAGGCUCACCAGAACAGACUGACAGAGUCCACCUGGAACCACAGGAAGAGAUUCCUCGCCACAAGUGCCUGUGACGGUACAGUGCGUGUCUGGAGCCUGGCCUAUGGCAGCCACCACUUCCUCCAGCAAACUUGUAUAUUUAACAAUGGUGGGGAGAUGUCUGGAGAGGAACUGGAUGGUCAGGAACUGUCAAAUCUCACCUGGAAUAGCACGGGCAGAUACCUGGCGGCUUCCAUGGACAACCUUGUUAAUGUCUGGUCUCUUUCAGCUGGCAAUGGGCUGCUGGACAAGCACCCCUCAUGGGUGACAUGUUUGGCAUGGCCCCAGGAUAAAGGAGCAAUAGAGGGCAGACUGGGACUCGCCCCUGACACUCUCUUGGUAGGGCGUCUAGAUGGCAGCCUGGCAGAGGUAGAGGUUCUGGACCCAUCCACCCUGGCCAGGAAUGAACUCACCCACUGCUACAGAAAAGAUGUGUCUGUAACCCAGAUAGCCUGGUACCAUGAGGAUCGCCGCUUUGCGGUGGCCUACUCGGAUGGGGUGGUGGCCCUCUGUAGUAAAGCAGACUUCCAGACGCCUUUCUCAACUGAUGCUCACCAGAACUCCGUGACCAGCCUGCAGUGGGAUCCAUCAGGUCAGAUGUUGGUGACAACUGCUUCCAGAGACAAGUGUGUGAAGCUAUGGACGGCUGGCUCAGAGGGCUUGGAGUGUAAACAUGUCCUGGUUCAUGAUGACCCUGUCACCUGUGUACAGUGGUGCCCUCUACUGGGCGAUGGUAAAGUGAAACAAGUCCUUCUGGCAAGUGGUUGUGAGGAUGGGUGUGUGUCUGUGUGGGUGGUUCCCCUCCCUGCCAGCAGUGGAUGUCUCGCCCCUCUCAUGGUGUUUGAACCUAAUCCACCCUCAAGGUCAAACUCGGCUGAAGGUCAAACAGAAGAUCCCAGUCUUCACCUACCAAGGACAGUCUUUAGGGGUCAUGUGACAGGAAUUACUGCUCUUGCCUUUAGCCCUGAUGCCUUGAUGCUGGCUUCCGGCAGUGAGAAGGGAUGGCUGAACAUUUGGUCCAUUCAGGAUGCCUCUCUGCUGCAAACCUAUGUGGGAAACGGAGUGGUCAGGAGCCUAAGUUGGUAUGAUGAGGAUGGAUUAGCGGCUUGCUUUAAUAGAUCUAAGGAUGUGACAAUUCUACACUACAGCCCUGUCCUCUACCUGAAGAACCGCACCUUGUCUGUGUGUAUGAAGGCUAUGAGGAUGCACGGUGUUGUAGGACUCUGCCUGGCCCCCUGCCUAACAGUUUUCCUACAGAGGUUACCCAUGCUCCUGCAGCAACAGUACUCUUAUGAAAAGCCUAUUGUGAUGAGUGGUGAUCAGUUGAUGCACAGCUCUUACCUGAGAGACCUGAGUACCCUGGCUGUAGGGUUGGGUAUUGACCAGGUCCUCUCCCAUACACUCAUGCCUCUUCACCACCGUAUCUGGGACGAAGGCAUGUGUAACUUGGUGCAGGAGUGGCAGUGGCUACUGUCCUUCUCAGCAGCCAUCAGGUCAGCCUCAGCCCUCACCAAUGGCCGCUGUUUCCCACAGUCAUUCAUGCUGCUCAAAAAGGACGCCAGUGAUGAAAUGGAAAAACAACCAGAGAUUUUUGAUAACAGUGUGUGGGACCUGACAAUGGAUGGUCAAAUCAUGGCCUGGGCUACUGACCGCCCUGAGGAUUGGCAGCUCGGGGGGAAGUGUGAGGCAUACUUUUGGGGCAGUGGGCGACACGGCCAGAUGUGUGAGGGAGGGAGAGGCUCAACAGUACCACAGAAAGUUGACUCCUUUGCCUGUGCACAGCAGAUUGUGUGUGGUCAAAACUGCACAUUCAUAAUCCAGGCGAGUGGUACCGUUCUGGCGUGUGGGGAGGGGAGCUAUGGGAGGCUGGGACAGGGUAACUCUGAUGACCUUCAUAUCCCUACUGCCAUCUCAGCUUUACAAGGUUUUGUUGUAACUCGCUUAGCCACAUCGGUUGGAUCUGAUGGUCACAGCCUGGCUGUCACAGAGAAUGGGGAGGUAUUUAGCUGGGGGGAUGGGGACUAUGGCAAGUUGGGGCACGGCAACAGCGACAGACAGAGGCGACCAAGGCAGAUAGAGGCCCUCCAGGGAGAGGAGGUCAUUCAGAUGGCAUGUGGUUUCAAGCACUCUGCUGUGGUCACAUCGGAUGGAAAGCUCUUCAUGUUUGGGAAUGGUGACUAUGGAAGACUAGGACUGGGAUCUCAGGCUAACAAAAAGUUCCCAGAAAAGGUGACAUCCCUGGAAGCACACCAGAUUGGCCAGGUGUCCUGUGGUGUGAGCCACACUGUGUGUGUGUCUGUGGACGGCAGCACUGUGUGGGCAUUUGGGGAUGGGGAUUAUGGUAAACUUGGGAUUGGUAACUCUACAUCCAGGCCUGUGCCCACUAAAGUGGAGGGAUUGACUGGGCACUGUGUAAAGAAGAUAGGAUGUGGAACACAGUUUUCUGUGGUUUUGACAAGAGACGGGAAAGUCUUCACUUGGGGACAAGAGCGGCUAAUUGGGCAGCCAGAAGCCCGAUAUCGCUACCAUAGCCGUCCCCAGCAGGUGGCAGCACUGUCAGGCUUCUUCGUGGAGGACAUUGCUGUAGGAGCAGAGCAUACUCUAGCCUUGACCAGCACAGGGGAUGUGUGGGCAUGGGGCACAAACACAGAUGGCCAGUGUGGACUGGGACAUACCUCCGUAGUGCGGGAGCCUCAAAGGGUAGCAGAGCUCAGUGGUAAAAACAUCAAACAGAUAUCAGCUGGUCGGACCCACAGUGCUGCAUGGACAGCCCCUCCCCCUCCCACACGGAUCCCAGGAGUGCCGUCUCCUCUACAGCUGGGCAGGCCUGAAACAAUUCCCCCUCAGUACCAUGCCUUACAUGGCUGUAGGAUAGAUGCCAUCAGGGGGAGACUGAAGCUGCUCCAUCACUUCUCUGAUCUGAUCUACUCCUCCUGGAGGUUACUAAACCUCACAUCUCAACAGAAGGCAAGUCCCGAGUUUGACCGCACAGCCAGAUGUGUAGUGACUGGCCCUCUCAGGGCACUGCUGUCUCCAAGGGUCUAUACCCUGCCCAUGGUGAGGGCUAUUGGCAAGACUAUGGUACAGGGCAAAAAUUUUGGUCCCCAGGUCACUGUUCGUAGACUGUCUACCAGUUGUUUUAGGGGUAAGAAGUGUAAGCCGAUCUACAUGCAGGUGGCUGGUCAGGUGGUCAAGUUGAAGCCUGAGGACCUUCGAUUGCCGUCAAGGGCGUGGAAAGUCAAGCUCAUUGGGGAGGGAGCAGAUGACGCAGGAGGCGUGUUUGAUGACAUCAUCACAGAGAUGUGUCAGGAAUUGGAAACUGGAGUGGUGCCGCUGCUGAUCCCUACACCUAAUGCCAAGAAUGAGACUGGAAACAACAUGGACAGGUUUCUACUGAACCCAUCCAUGGCCUCUGAAGACCUGCUCUACCUGUACAAGUUUCUGGGCAUAUUGCUAGGUGUGGCCAUCAGGACCAAGAAACCUCUGGACCUGCAUCUGGCCCCCUGUGUCUGGAAGCUACUGGUGGGGAUUCCCCUGCGGGUGGAGGAUAUAGAGGAGGUAGACCAUGUCUAUGUACAGACAUUGCGUGGAAUUAGAGAUAUACAUGAAAGUGGAGUGAAUGAGUCUAACUUCCAUGAGUUCAUACCCCUGGAAAGUUUUGAGGGACAGACAAGUGAUGGUCGCUCUGUACCAGUCAUCCCAGGGGGCAGGAACAUCCCGCUGAACUUUGCUAACAGGAGACAGUACGUGGAGGCUGUGUUAGACUUCAGACUACAGGAGAUGGACACACAGGCGGCAGCUAUUCGUGAAGGCAUGGCUUGGAUCAUUCCAGCACCCCUAUUGUGUUUGCUCACUGCACAGGUGUUGGAACAGUUAGUCUGUGGGAUGGAGGAAGUCUCGGUGGAAGUACUUAAGAAAGUAGUAAGGUACAGAGGGAUUGAGGAAAACAAUCAGAAUGUUGUAUGGUUCUGGGAGAUUUUGGCCAGCUUUACAAACGAGGAGAAGAUACAGUUCAUGAGGUUUGUGUCUGGAAGAACACGCCUGCCUGCGGAUCCAGCUGACAUCUCCCAGAGGUUCCAGAUCAUGAAUUCUAACCGGGCUAUGGACACCCUUCCCACAGCCCAGACCUGUUUCUUCCAGUUGCGCCUCCCUAACUACUCCAGUAUGGAGGUAAUGGCAGAGAAGCUACGCUAUGCCAUACAGAAUUGUCGCUCAAUAGACAUGGACAACUACAUGCUGACCCGUAACACAGAGGCAGGCAUGGGAUCUGAGGAUAAUCUGACAUCAUAGUGACCUAACGCACCUGUCUGAUUGGCGCUGCAUGGACAACUACAUGCUGACCUGUAACACAGAGGCUGGCAUGGGAUCUGAGGAUAAUCUGACAUUAUAGUGACCUAACACACCUGUCUGAUUGGGGCUGCAUGGACAACUACAUGCUGACCUGUAACACAGUCUGGCAUGGGAUCUGAGGAUAAUCUGACAUUAUAGUGACCUAACACACCUGUCUGAUUGGCACUGCAUGGACAACUACAUGCUGACCUGUAACACAGUCUGGCAUGGGGUCUGAGGAUAAUCUGACAUUAUAGUGACCUAACACACCUGUCUGAUUGGCGCUGCAUGGACAACUACAUGCUGACCUUUAACACAGAGGCUGGCAUGGGAUCUGAGGAUAAUCUGACAUCAUAGUUACCGAACACACCUGUCUGACUGUCGCUGCAUGGACAACUACAUGCUGACCUGUAACACAGUCUGGCAUGGGAUCUGAGGAUAAUCUGACAUCAUAGUGACCUAACACACCUGUCUGAUUGGCGCUGCAUGGACAACUACAUGCUGACCUGUAACACAGAGGCUGGCAUGGGAUCUGAGGUUAAUAUGACAUCAAAGUUACAUAACACACUGCCUUUCUGUGGCAGGAUAGAGAUAUAGUCAGAGAAGCUAUUCUAUGUCACUCAGUGGACAUGGACAACUACAUGCUGCCAGUAAUAAAGGCAGACAUGGGACAUUUAACUAUUUUGCAUAUAUGGCAAUUUUAAAUGCAAUUUUAAAUGCAAUUUAUGUGCGAUUAAUCAAAAUAAUUCUUGUUUCUGUAAGUUCAUCCAGAUAUUACUGUGUAAGUCCUGCUUAAGACUUUUGUAGAUAUGUAAAAUUUUCAAAUGUAAAUUGAAUUGCACUUAAAUCAGCUAUAUUUGACUUCCAUGAAAAUCAUGCAAAUGCUGUGGGAUUUUUGUGCAGUAGGGGUAACGGAUUUUGGCAGGACUGGAAUUUUUUUUUGAUGCAUCGUUUACUUUGUUGUCGCGUACGGAUACAGAAGAAUUGCAGAUGAUUUGUCUUUCAAUAUCAGUUCAUAACUGGCUAGUAAACUCCUGUUGAAUCUAGAGUAAAGUGACAUGUCCUCCUGCAGUGUCUUCCUCUUUCUCGCAAAAUUCUGUGGCACUUGCAAGAUUUGUGUGGAAAUUGAAUACCGCGUCAGUGAUAUACUUUGGUGCUUUCAACUGUCAUGAUACUCAAUUUGUUUAUUGUUUGUACAUGUAUUUGCCUGUGUGGAGCACUUUUACUUUAAGGAAACACGCUGUGUCAUCCUCUGAUGGAAUGGGAGCUAAUUAUUUACAUGUCCACAAACAGUCAAGCCUCUCUCAGGAAACCACAUUCC